CCGGUCCCGAGCUGGGGCAGAGCCGCCCCGCGGGGAGUUCAACCUCUCCGGGCUGCCGGAGGCGGAGGGGAAGCCCCUCUUCGGCAUCGGCAUCGACAACUUCAUCACCUUGAUCGUCUUCGGCUUGAUCUUCACCCUGGGGGUGCUGGGCAACUCGCUGGUGAUCACGGUGCUGGCGAGGAGCAAGCCAGGCAAGCGCCGCAGCACCACCAACAUCUUCAUCCUCAACCUGAGCAUCGCCGACCUGGCCUACCUGCUUUUCUGCAUCCCUUUCCAGUCCACGGUCUACAUGCUCCCCACCUGGGUGCUGGGCGCCUUCAUCUGCAAGUUCAUCCACUACUUCUUCACCGUCUCCAUGCUGGUGAGCAUCUUCACGCUCUCGGCCAUGUCGGUGGACCGCUACGUGGCCAUCGUGCACUCCCGACGCUCCUCAGCCUUGCGUGUUUCCCGCAACGCGCUGCUGGGCGUGGGGCUCAUCUGGGCGCUCUCCUUUGCCAUGGCCUCACCGGUGGCUCACCACCAGCGCCUCUUCCACCGCGAGGCCAGCAACCAGACCUUUUGCUGGGAGCACUGGCCCAACCCACGCCACAAGAAGGUCUACGUGGUUUGCACGUUUGUCUUUGGCUACCUGCUCCCGCUGCUGCUCAUCUCCUUCUGCUAUGCCAAGGUUCUUAAUCAUCUGCAUAAAAAGUUGAGAAACAUGUCAAAGAAGUCAGAAGCGUCCAAGAAAAAGACAGCACAGACUGUGUUGGUGGUGGUAGUGGUUUUUGGCAUCUCCUGGCUGCCGCAUCACGUGAUUCAUCUCUGGGCUGAAUUUGGAGUCUUCCCACUGACUCAAGCCUCCUUUCUCUUCAGAGUAACUGCACACUGCCUGGCUUACAGCAAUUCUUCUGUGAACCCGAUUAUAUACGCAUUUCUCUCUGAAAAUUUUAGGAAGGCCUACAAACAAGUCUUCAAAUGCCAGAUAGGUAACGAGUCACCUCUGAAUGACGCUAAGGAAAAUAAAAGUCGGAUAGAUACACCGCCAUCUACCAACUGUACACACGUGUGAACUUUGGAAAGUCCUGUAUGUUU